UGCAAAUUGAUCGAAGAUGAACACAAUAUAACACAAAAGGAGAUGAUAAGACUUUUUCUCCUUUUAUUUGUAGUGAAGAAAGGUAUAAAAGAAAAUAGAAGUAAAGAAAAGGGACUAAAAGAUCGCGUGUUAAACGAGUUUUAUUCAAGAUUUGGGUCAGUUUAUGGAAGAAGGAGGCAAUUUCAUCAAUGGGAGGGGGCAUUCGCAUCGCAGAUCGCGUCUGGCGACCUUCUUCGUGUCUUCAAGCGCGCAUAGUUUUCAGUAACGGUGUAUCCAUAAGGCGUGCGUUAACAUUGAUAAUCCCUCUUUGUUUGUUAUCACCCUGGAAAUGUGUAUGUCAGUGUAAAAACAUAUUGUGUGUGAAAGAACGAAAUUGUCACUUCAAAUUACAUUUCGGUCUUUGGUGAAGAAGUGCAUUUCGACGAUGCUGUCCUUCCGCGUUAUCAGAAUAAAGUCGUCCUUACGAAUUUCGGGGUCGCAACCUCGAGAAUCGUUCUGUCAGAAGAGUGUUCUUCGGCGAGAUUUAUGCAGUGGCACCAUCGCAUCCGAGUGUCCUCAUGUGUCGUCCCCGGCGACGAUCACUUCGUCGCAUGUCAAAUCGUACGACGAGGUGCCAGGUCCCCGGCCGAUCCCUAUCCUGGGCAACGCUUGGCGAAUGCUGCCGCUCAUCGGCCAAUACCAGAUCUCAGACGUCGCGAAGAUCUCGCAGAUGUUCUACGACGAGUAUGGCAAGAUUGUACGAUUGAGCGGCUUGAUUGGUCGUCCCGAUUUGCUUUUCGUUUACGAUGCCGAUGAAAUAGAGAAAGUGUACCGACAAGAGGGCCCGACGCCCUUCAGACCUUCUAUGCCCUGUCUGGUGCGCUACAAAAGUAUCGUGCGCAAAGACUUCUUCGGCGAGCUACCUGGCGUCGUUGGAGUACACGGUGAACAAUGGAAGGAAUUUCGUACGCGAGUCCAAAAACCCGUUCUCCAACCGCAGACCAUAAGAAAAUAUAUAACACCGAUCGAAAUAGUCACGGGAGAUUUCAUAAAGAGAAUAGAGAAGAUUCAAGGGGACAACGGAGAAGUGCCCGGUGACUUCGACAACGAGAUACAUAAAUGGGCCCUUGAAUGUAUAGGUCGAGUGGCACUCGACGUCAGACUCGGAUGUUUAGGUGACGCAUUGUCUCCGAAUUCUGAACCGCAAAAGAUCAUCGAUGCUGCCAAAUUCGCGCUGAGGAAUGUGGCCGCCCUCGAACUCAAGGCUCCAUACUGGAGAUACUUCCCGACGCCCUUGUGGACUCGUUAUGUGCGCAAUAUGAAUUACUUUGUCGAAAUUUGCAUGAAGUAUAUCGACGCCGCGAUUGUCAGGCUUAAAGAUAAGAAAGCCAUGGAUGAGAGCGAUUUGUCGCUGGUGGAACGAAUUUUAGCGAAGGAGACAGAUCCUAAGUUGGCUUACAUCUUCGCUCUCGAUCUGAUAUUAGUCGGCAUUGACACGAUAUCAAUGGCAGUGUGUUCAAUAUUAUAUCAAUUAGCGACUAGACCGGAAGAGCAGGAGAAGAUACAUCAGGAGCUGCUGCAAAUUCUUCCGGACCCUUCCGUUCCUCUCACAACGAGCCAUUUGGAUCAAGCGGUCUAUAUGAAAGCUUUUAUCCGCGAGGUGUUUAGGGUUUACUCCACUGUUAUUGGAAAUGGCAGAACGUUGCAGAACGAUACCGUCAUUUGCGGCUAUAAAAUUCCAAAAGGAAUUCAAGUUGUGUUUCCCACACUUGUAACCGGUAACAUGGAAGAUUAUAUCGCGGAUUCGAAAACAUUCAAACCUGCGAGAUGGCUCAAGGACGACAACGAAAAAUUACACCCGUUUGCCUCGCUGCCGUACGGUUACGGAGCACGAAUGUGUUUGGGCAGACGAUUCGCGGAUCUCGAGAUGCAAGUGCUGCUAACAAAGCUCCUCCGAUCAUACAAGUUAGAGUAUCAUCACAAGCCACUAAAAUACAAGGUCACUUUUAUGUAUGCGCCCGAUGGAGAACUCAAAUUUAAAGUAAUAAAAAGAUAGUUUUUAUAUUCUGUAAGUAAAAUCUUGUAAUAUGAUAUUCUAAAAUAGAUUUGAAACAAAAAAAUGCUAGAACAAAGGAAAUGAAAAUUUGGAAAUUUUAAUAUAUUGAUAAAAAUCUAUAAAUGCUACGCCAUAUUACAUUAAUAAAAUUCGAUUAUGCAUGUUACACAUUACAGAGGUAUUUAAUCUAAAUUAUAAGAGUUGUAUUUAUUGUUCAAAAAUGCAUAAUAAUGUCGGAUUAUAUUGAUAUACAAAACUUGUAUGGGCUCAUUCAUAUUUAUAUAUUCUUUUGUUAAAAUGCAUUUUAGAUAUUAAACACUGAUGAUAAAAAAUGUAUGCAUUUAUUAAAGAAAUUUUGUAAAUAUGAAUAUUUUUAAUUAUCUCUCGAUAAAUCUUAGCUUUAAUGGUCCUUUUGGCGUGUACAUCGGAUUUACGUAAUAGUCCAUUUUUUCAUAAUGAUAUUCUAUUUUAUAAAAUUGCAGAAUCUGAAACAAAGGA